GCAAGCAAAGGAUGGAUGCCAGCCAGGCGUGGCUUAUUUAAAUCCCCAAUAUGUCAAUGCAAGGGGAGUAUGUAUAUAAACGGCAGGAUCCAUCCGAUAGCCAGACACUUUCAGUUAUGAAUAGCAACGAAAGAAGGCUAAUGAAAAGAGAUUCUUACAAAGUAUUCAAUCAAAACAGAGUCUGUGUUAUUGCGCUCAAGAGACGACUCGUGAACUUGUAUUUUCUUUAAUUUAUUUAUUACUACUUUGUUUGUUUGCGCUUCAAAGCAAGCGUGAUUCCUCUUCAAGCGAAGUUUUAAAUUGAUUUCACCUUUGCCAUGGCUGAGGUAGGGGGCUUUCUCGGUGCGCUCGAUUUGGAUUUACACGGAUUUUCUGCCUUUGGGAAUAUUCCUCUGUCCGACUCUCCCGGUGUUUUGAAUGAGAGGCUGGGGCAGAUUGAGGGGAAGUUGCAGAGGGGGUCUCCAACGGAUUUCGCCCACCUGAAAGGCAUUUUGAGACGAAGGCAGUUGUAUUGUAGAACGGGUUUUCACCUAGAGCUUUUUCCCAAUGCAACCGUGCACGGAACCCGACAGGACCACAGCAGAUUUGGAAUUCUGGAGUUUAUUAGCCUGGCUGUGGGUCUGGUCAGUAUCCGAGGGGUUGAUGCAGGACUUUACCUGGGCAUGAAUGAGAGGGGAGAGCUCUAUGGGUCGAAGAAGCUAACAGCUGAAUGCGUGUUCCGGGAGCAGUUUGAAGAGAACUGGUAUAACACCUACGCUUCCACUCUGUUUAAGCAUUCUGACACAGGGAAAUACUACUACGUGGCCUUGAAUAAAGAUGGCUCACCGAGAGAAGGAUACCGGACUAAAAAACAUCAAAAAUUUACCCAUUUUUUACCAAGGCCUGUGGACCCUGAUAAAAUCCCAGUGGCAUAUCGAGACCUGUUCCACUACAGGUGACAUGUUCCAUGUCCACUGGUGUAUAUAGGGGGGUUUCGUGCUGUAACUCAACAAUUCCCAGUACUAGAUGUUAGAAGACAAGCACUUAAAUUCACCACUACCGUUUUAUAUUUAAUAGUUUAUGUAGAUCUGUGUUGGAGCUCCACUGAAAUUCUUACAAAGGAAUGGUCUAAACUGUUACCCACACUGAGAACUUCCAGUAAUGAUAUCACUAUGUGGACAAAAUGCUGCUGCAAAUAAGCUUAAAGCUAUAAUAUAUUUAAAGAAAAAAAAAGGAUGUUUAAUAAAUUGUUUGUUUAAUUGGAUAAUGAACCAAGGAAGACGCGUGAUGUUCCAGCUGCAGGGAACAUUAUUAAAAAG